AUGGUGGUGUACACGCAGGAGCAUGUGUACCGGCACCCGUGGGACCGGGUGACGGCGGCGGCGUGGCGCAAGUUCACGGACCCGGCCUCCCGCACGGCGCUCUCCCACGUCGCCGACGUCCACACCCUCCACCGCCGCCUCGACUCCGACACGGGCCGCCUCCACGCCGCGCGCUCCAUCACCGUGCGGUCCCCGCCGCUCCCUUUCAUCCUCCGCCGCCUCCUCCCGUCCGCCGCGGCGUCCCCAAACGGCGCCGCGCUCUGCCACUGCGUCGAGACCUCGCUCGUGGACGCCCAGCGCCGCGCCAUGGACGUCGUCGUGCGCAACGUCAGCCUCCGGGGCCUCAUCGAGAUCAAGGAGCGCGCCUCCUACAGGCCCCACCCGGACCGGCCCGACGACUGGACGCAGUUCAGGCAGGAGACCACGAUCCGGUGCCGCCCGCUCGCGGCCCUCGCCGCCGUCGCUGAGAAGGUCGAGACCCGGUGCGCCGAGAGGUUCCUGCAGAAUAGCGCCAAGGGGAGGGAGGUCGUCGAGCGGAUCUGCCGGUACCUCGAGGCCGAGUCCGCCGGCGCCGCGCCCUCCGUAAUCUGA